UUCUAUAAACGCCUGAUCGAGCAUUGAAAAGAUAAGACGUGCACUUAUAAAUACAGUUUUUAUACCAUUUUGUGUCUCUCCCACACUUUAUUUCCUACCUCCCAUUAUUCCUCUCUCUCUCGUUUCAUAGACAGAAUGAUUACGGUCGCGUGAAGAUGUUGUAUCUGGUCGUAUUGCAUCCCGAUUUUGAUUUAAAAACUUUUACAGAGGAUCUGUUCAAGUGCCUCUCAAGUUUCAUUAAGAGGUUUUGUCCAUGAUAAAUAGAAUUCGUAUCAACUUCGUUUCUACUGUUUCAUGUUCGGAAUUGUGCGAAACUUGAGAGAUCUUCAAGAAAGAUCCAUCUGAGAGUCUCUCGAGCUUCGAGGGUUGAACCGACUUUAUGUAAUGACCGAACACUGGAAUUGCAGCCGAAUGUCAGCCUGAGCGGAGUAAUUGUACCUAAUUUAGAAUGCUGAGAGAGGAACGUUUUAAUAAGAGACAAUGAUAUACUGGAAUUCAGAUUUAAACUAUAAUGCUGGCAUAUAUAUGUGUGGCGUCUAGCUGUCUCGCGCGUUACAGUGUCUCUAUAUAAUAUCGUGAUAAUUUGUCCAAUUCUAAUUGCUAUAGAAUGCAAGGUACGAGAUAAUAACAUUUUUAAAACAGAAAAUGAUAAUGGACAAUUCCUCGUGUCUUCUGUAAGUGAAACCUAAAUUUCGCUAUUCCUCAACGGACGGCGCUGCGGUUGAAAUUCCUGUUGUUUUAAUACAUAGUAUAUACAGAGACAGAAUAGAAGCCACAAUUGCCCGUGGUCGCCUACGAGAGAUUCAGCAUAGAUGCACGGUGUAAUAUUCUUUCGGGGCUUGAUAAAUCACGUAUUUGUUCAUCAUCGAUGACAAUUAGAAAAAUGCUAUGGCGUCCUCAGGAUCACAUAAUGGGGAUACAGAAACCGAGAGUGACAAGUUCGAAGGAUCUAGAGUCGAUAAACAUGGUUUCCUUCAAGAUUCUAAUUGUAGCACCGACAGCCUCAGUAAACAAGGAAUACCACCAGAGGUAAUGCUGAGAAGAGAACGGAAAUGGAUACAGAUGUUAAACAAUUGGAGCUAUUUUAUGAACACAAACUAUCGCAAAGUAAGGGAGAGAUGCAGGAAGGGAAUUCCGCCUUCUGUAAGGCUUCGCGCAUGGCUGAACCUCUGCGGAGGCCAGCUGCUGAUGGAUACGAACCCAAACUUGUUCGAGGAAUUGAUGGAACGAUCUGGUGACCCAAAGUACAUAGACGAUAUUAAGAAGGAUCUUCAUCGUCAAUUUCCUCAUCAUAUAAUGUUCAUGGGAGAAGCCCCUGGACAGGAAGAACUGUUCAAAGUGUUGAAGGCGUAUUCCAUUUUAAACAGCAAAGUUGGUUAUUGCCAAGCGCAAGCACCGAUUGCGGCAUUUUUGCUGAUGCAUAUGCCGGCAGUACAAGCGUUUUGGUGCCUCGUCGCUAUUUGCGAUAAGUAUUUAGUCGGGUAUUACAGCCAGGGCAUGGAAACGUUACUGCGCGAUGGAGAUAUUUUAUUUGCUCUCCUGAAGAGAGUAUCUCCCAUCGCUUAUAAACACUUGAAGAAGCAAAAGAUCGAACCGAUUUUAUACAUGACCGAAUGGUUCUUGUGCGUUUACACGCGGACACUGCCGUGGGAGAGUAUACUACGAGUGUGGGACAUGUUUCUCUGUGAGGGUGUUAAAAUUAUCUUCAAAGUGGGUCUAGUAAUGCUGAAAGGCAGCUUAGGUCGCGCGUCCCUCGUUAAACGUUGCCCGACCGUUUACGAAACUCUUCAAGUAUUAAGAAAUCCUCCUCAACACAUUAUGGAAGAGGAAACUUUAAUUUAUCAGAUACGAAAAUUAAAUUUAACCGAGGAAGAUUUCGAGUACGAGCACCAGCGUCAAGUAUUAAAGCGGAAAGCAGCGGAACAAACGUCUCUUUCCACUGCCAAUCGGACAGACUGAUCGAGCACAAAAGGAAACGUAGA